GUGGCCGUACCCUUGGCUGUCGUGGUCGCCCUGUACAGCAUCCUAUUAGUCCUGGCCAUAAGGAUGCAUAAGGCUCGCUAUGGAGGAUCCUACACUGUCAGGGAAUCCGCGAGGUCAUCAAAUUUCAGACUCUCCUUCAUGUCCAAGAAAUCACGAGUGUCCUUCAAUACCACCAAGACCUCAAUCUCCUCCUCCUCUUCCACCUCCUCCACUUCAAAGGCCAGCAGGAGGAGGACAAGGAGGCAGGAGAUGGAGGCGCAUAAGGUGGAGUUGAGGCGAAGAGAUGGUGUUGAUGGUGUUGUCACUGGUGGUGUUACUGGUGGUGGUUUUAAGUCAUCACCUCUGGCUAAGAUUUCCGAGAGCGCGGAGUUGAUUGACCGGACGGAGAAUGGUGGUGAAAGUGGUGGUGAUAGAAGUAGUGGUGGUGGUGGUUGUGGUGUUGAGCUGUCAUCACCACCACCACCACUAAAGCCUGGCCCUGGACAUAACGCCGUUCCCCAAGGAGACAUCCAUACCCCUGAGAAUCCUACACCUCCUACGAAGGAUACCACAGGGGAGGAUGCACGCGCUCCUACACCCUCCCCUGGACCACCGCAAGCCCUGGAGGAAGAGGAGGAAGACAUCGGAGGGGAAGAAGAGGAGGAAGAGAAGGAGGAGGAGGAGGAGAAGGAAACAGAUAUUGCAACCCAGAACCCGUACAACGGCAUCCCGAAGGAGAAGAAGGAAGAAGAGGAGGAAGAUGCAACCACUACCGAUGAAGAGGAAGGAGGAGGAGGCCAAGGGAAGAAGAAGAAGGGGAAGGAGGGGAAAUUGGGGGCAAUGUUCCCUUCUAAAUACAUGAACCGGGUGAUGACGGACACGCGUGACAAGAUGCUGUUCCUGAAGAAGUGUCGCGCGGUCAAGACAGUCCUGCUCAUCCUAGUGUCCUUCUCCGCAACCUACGUCCCCUUCGUCGUCGGCUCCCUCGUCUACAGCGCCCAGAAGGAGAAGCGCCCAUGCCUUCUACACCUCCUGAAUACCCUUCUGUACUGCGCUGUCGUGGCUAACUCCCUCGCCAACCCCUUGAUCUAUGCCUACGGUUAUAGUCAGUUCAGGAUCAAGGCAAAGAGAUUCAAGGGAGUGUUCGCGAGAGAGAAAAAGCGAUCAUACACCUAGCAGAGUCCAUUGUAGUAGUAGUAGUAGUAGUAGUAGUAGUAGUAGUAGUAGUAGUAGUAGUAGUAGUAGUAGUAGUAGUAGUAGUAGUAGUAGUAGUAGUAGUAUGGUGUCAAAAUGUAUACGAAAUAAGAUCAAUUGUUAGUUCGUAAGGACAAAUUAGUUUAUAAAUUAUGUGUGUGUGUGUGUGUGUGUGUGUGUGUGUAAAUAAUCUUUUAAUACAACCACAAAGACAUUUAAUUUUCCUUCCUGAGCCACGCCAGUCCUCGUCGACAGACCGACUUGGUCGAUUAGAUUUCGAUCGCCGAUAGAGUCGGUCUGUCGGCAUCAUGGCCUUUGGCAAGGGCCCGUGCUCCCUCGUGCAGGGAGGGAGCAAUCUUCAACAACAAUAGCAACAACAACAACAACAGUUGAUGAAAUAGGAGACGAGAUAUGGACGCGUUAACAGAGACAACCUAACUUUACCUAACCUUACCUUACGUUCACAACAGUAACUUCAAACAGACACUUUCAACAGGGAUUUCCAUUGACAUUGACGUUCUCUUUUUCUCCCGCUUGUCCCCCGCGCCGCGUUUUCUAUGGGGUGAUUUAGUACUGCUGGUUUGUUGGGUGCACUUACGUAUUUUGUGUUGUGUUAAGUAAUUCACCCAACGAAGCCUUAGAAUACAAGACAAUGAGACAAACCAUCUCUGUACUCAUCGCUAUAUCUCUCUUAUUUCUCCCAUUUCUCUCUAUCUCAACGUCUCCACAGGCUUAACAAACUCUCUAGAGCAAUUUCCUUGGCCUGAGAGCACGUGUAGAUGUCUUGAAAUACAGGAGAACGAGGAAAAUACAGAAGGAU